AUGGAGAGUCCUUCAUCUGAGUCGAAAGCGCGAGCUAGAAGGAUACCUCACAACUUUAAAUCUCGAGCCUAUACAGCUCAACAAGCAGAGCAAGAAUGUCGGGUUGAAAGACGAGCUCUACUGACAGAGUACAAUGCAACGACGAGAGACACCUCGAGAGAAGGUGCCAUCAACGACAGUUCCUACUGUGGACAAUCAACAGCCGUGAACAACACACACCUCGAUCGAAAACGGUUCGAUCGGGCCAAAGAUACUCAUGGCGAUGACACCACAAACACAUUAACAAAUCGCAUACCAUUCGAGGACACAGCCUAUCUUCCAUCAGCACACUACGCAACGAAGAACUAUGAUCGAACGUCGUCCAAAAUACAUCUCGCACUCCCAAAUCCCGAGAUACAAAUACCUACGGAAUCGACAUACAUUAGUCACGAGGCAACCGAGCAACCAAUCAACCAACACUCGGGAACAUGCGUCGAUUUCGCCAUAGCGGCACUAGAGCAACGCAUGAUCAAUUACAUCGACACAACCCACUCAGACCUAGCCGCUCGUCUCAACAACAUCAACCUCAGCUGCGCCAACAUCGAAAAGAAAGUCGACAAGCAUAAUUAUACUCCUCCAAAGCCCAACCAGAACAACAAAACAAUGGCAAAGCCUAAACAGAACAACAAUACCAUGGAGGGCGCAGUGGAAAGGUUCGGUGAUUCUGCAAAGAAUCUUGGAGAGGCAAUAUCACAGUUGUCUGCAUCCAUAGAUGCACUGGGUGUGAGAUUCGGGCUCAAUGGGAAGAAGGACGAUGAGGCUGAUGUUUAUGAGUGGGAGAAAGAUGAUUGUUUGGAGAGAUUCGCUUGA